GCAGUGUCAUACGUCCUAUUAUGCUCUGUGUUAAUUUUUCAUUGCAAGUUUCAUGAUUCUCUUACAGUCUCCAUCUUCCCCCGUUUCCGUUUCUUUCGAAGAUUAGUCUUGAUCUUCUCCAUUUUCCUUCAAUUUUCAUCCAAAGUUUACAAAAAAUGAGUUAUGAUUCAACGCGUUCUGGAAAUUCCAAUUCCAAUACAAACUCCAAAAGAAGUUUCAAUUCAAUUUCAUCUAACAACAAUGUUAAGAGUGGUAACAAGAGGAAAAAGAACAGCAAUCAGAAAACCCUAGGUGCUUCUUGGGGCGCCAAUUCUUCCUCUUCUUCUCGCUCUUCCUUUCGCACUGCUCCAUUUUCCGAUUUCGGCAGCUACAUGGCUGUGAAGAACAAGAAACUUCAUGAUCAGUUUGACGCUCAAGCUUCAAAUUCUUAUAAUGAAUCUGACUCUAGCAAACCCUUAUUUCAGGGUGUCUCAAUUUUUGUUGAUGGGUUUACCAUUCCUUCUAGCCAGGAGCUGAGGGCUUAUAUGUUGAAGCAUGGUGGACGUUUUGAGAAUUACUUUUCGAGGCGCCGUGUCACUCAUAUUAUUUGCAGUAAUCUACCUGAUAGUAAAAUAAAAAACCUCAGGUCUUUUAGUCGUGGACUGCCUGUUGUGAAACCUACCUGGGUGCUGGAUUGCGUGGCAGCUGGGAAAUUGUUGAGCUGGGCUCCGUACCAACUUGAUCAAAUAACCAAUGAUGCAAGUAAUCAACCGAAGUUGUCUGCUUUCUUCAGUUUGAAACGCGAUGCAGUCAGGGAAGAUGUUUCCUCUGCCUCAACUUGUAUGUUGAAAGUGGAAACUGAAGCCGAAGCUGUAGGUUCUGAAGUGAACGAUGAUCACUCGCUUGAUCAUGCCUCUAUCAACGUGGAUGAGUUAUCUGAAUGUUCUAGGCCAAGUGAAAAAGUGAUGGAGGAUGGUGGAUGUAAGCAAAUAGAUACAAAACAUACUGUGGAUCAAACAUAUGGGGAUGAAGCAUCCUCUGAACUAGAAAUUGGGAAGUCGGUCACCUAUAAAGGAGAAUUUGAGCCUGGUCUUGCUAGAUCUUCAGCUUCUGCCAGCAGUAGUGAUUUAAGUAAGAAACUUACUGAGGAAUCACCUGGAAGACAUUCUGUCCAUCGCGAUUCAGCCACUGUAGAUCCGAAUUUUGUUGAAAACUAUUUUAAGAGUUCAAGGUUGCACUUUAUAGGAACUUGGAGGAGUCGGUAUCGUAAACGGUUUGCGUCCUUUUCCAAUUAUAUGAAGCAACCAAUGGCUGAUGUCAAUGGCACUUCUGUCUCCCGGAAAACAACCAUUAUCCAUAUAGACAUGGACUGCUUUUUUGUGGCUGUCGUUAUUAGGCACCAGCCAGAAUUGAUGGGCAAGCCUGUAGCGGUGUGCCAUUCAGAUAGCGCCAGAGGAACUGCCGAAAUUUCUUCUGCUAACUACCCUGCUCGGCAUUAUGGGGUAAAAGCUGGAAUGUUUGUCAAAGAUGCAAAGGCUCGUUGUCCUCAGCUAGUAAUUGUUCCUUAUAACUUUGAAGCAUAUGAGGAGGUAGCUGAGCAAUUCUACAAUAUCCUGCACAAACACUGCAACAAAGUGCAGGCAGUAAGCUGUGAUGAGGCAUUUUUAGAUGUCUCUGACUCAGAAGUGACAGACCCUGAGCUUUUAGUUUCAGAAAUAAGAAAAGAGAUCCUUGAAGCUACAGGUUGUACUGCUAGUGCAGGAAUUGGUGAAAAUAUGCUUAUGGCUCGUCUUGCCACCAAAACAGCAAAACCUGAUGGUCAAUGUUACAUCCCUCCAGAGAAGGUGGAUGAGUAUUUGUUGCAACUCUCUAUAAAGUCACUUCCAGGUAUAGGACAUGUUUUGGAGCAAAAGCUGAAAAAGAAAGGUGUUCAGACUUGUGGUGAGCUGCGAAUGUUUUCCAAGGAGGCUUUACAGAGGGACUUUGGAGCUAAAACUGGUGAAAUGUUGUGGAAUUAUUGCAGAGGUUUGGAUAAUCGGUUAGUUGGAUUCAUUCAGGAGAGCAAGUCAAUUGGUGCUGAUGUCAAUUGGGGUGUGCGGUUUAAAGAUACUAAAGAUAGUGAACGGUUUCUCAUGAGCCUGUGCAACGAGGUUUCGUUGCGGUUGCGUGGAUGUGGCUUACAAGGACGUACCUUUACGUUAAAGAUUAAAAAGCGCAGAAAAGAUGCAGGGGAGCCAAUCAAAUACAUGGGCUGUGGGGAUUGUGAAAAUUUUAGUCACUCUAUGACUGUUCCUGUUGCGACUGCUGAAGUGGACAUUCUUCAAAGAAUAACUAUGCAAUUAUUUGGAUCAUUCCACAUAGAUGUUAAAGAUAUACGAGGAAUUGGACUUCAAGUGACCAAACUGGAGAGUGAUGAUAACACAAAACAAGGACAUGAAAGAAACACUUUGAGGUCAUGGCUUGCAUCUGGUACAACAAGCUCCGGCAAACAGUGCAAUUUGCAUGAUACAGGUCAAUAUUGCCUCGAGCCUGCUGGACCUCCAGCGAUGAUUUUAAAUCCAUCACUUGUUGGGCCGCAUUCCGACACAUCUGCAGUGCUUCCAUCAUUGAAUGAUCUUGAUAUGGGUGUUAUUGAAAGCCUACCUCCUGAAUUGUUUUCUGAAUAUAACAAUAGUUACGGAGGGAGGCUGUUUGAUCUCAUCUCUAAAAGCAAAGGCAAAGCCAGCCUUCACAGCAUCAGUGCUAUGUUAGGGAAGGAAGUGGAAGGUGAAAUCCGUUAUGAAGGGAAGGCCCAUGCUUCUGUUGAUGCACAAAUUGACUACAUUAAAGAGAGGGACAAGGCUGGUUGUUCUGAGAAUCAGGAAAACAAGGCAUUACCUGUUUCUGGUUCUUCAUCAGUAAUCGUUGCUUCUGCGCUGGAAUCAGAACCUAACAACAUAAUGCCUUUAUCAUUAAGCCAAGUGGAUAUGUCUAUACUACAACAAUUGCCCGAUGAACUUAGAGCUGAUAUAAUUGGCGUUCUCCCUGCACAUCGGGGGUCAAAUUGUUUGCCUGUGUCUUGCCACGUUUCUGGAGAAGCGCAUGGAGUGGAACUGGCUGUGAAUAAUACUGAAUCGAAGGAAUAUGCUAAAGAUAAUAACCUUUGGACUGGAAAUCCUUUUUGUUGGGUUCAUAAGUUCAAAGCUAGUGACUGUUUGAUGUUAAACAUCCUUGCAGAUAUGUUUGUUGGGUCAGGUUCUAGUGGGUUGUUCUCCUCUGCUCUACAAUAUUGUCUCUCUGGGUUCCAGAUAUUUAAUGAUGUUGCUGCUUAUAUGGACGAUGAAGCUAUGUAUAGUGUAUGUGAGCUCUUGAGGCAGUAUGUCAAGUUGAAGUUGGAGGCGGACAUUGAGGAAAUCUAUGUUUGUUUUCGCCUUCUGAGUAGACUGGCGUCGAAAUCAAAGGCUUUCAAAGAUGUAUACAACGCUGUCUUGCCUUAUGUUCAGGCCUCUAUUACUGAAAGCUAUGGGGGACACUUGCAUCUGCCUGCAAUGUAGUUGAUGCCUCUGACUGUACUUUAUUUGUGGACCAACCUUUUCCACUCUCCACUGCUGGUAUGUUUUGAGCUCGGAUGAAUGAAGGGGUAUAUUUUUGAAUGUGCAAAAGAUGUUUGUCUGUAUAUGCCAUUGUCUUUUUGAGCUACUUCAUCUGUCAUUUGAAGACGUGGAGUGGAGGGUUUGCUUUUGGGUGAAAGUAUGCCUUUUCUGAUGAUGUUAUCCGCUCGAUGGACCUUAAUUGAGGAUACCCAAUGCCAUAUUUUGACUAUGGUAGCGGGACUAUCUCAGUGUAAUUCACAGCUCCACAGGAAAGCAGUUUUGCCUUUUGACCGUAGUCCACAAAGGACAUAGAGAAGAGAACCAGUAGAUAUAUGACCGGGUCGUAACUUUAAAUGUAUCAGCUUCAGAUCCUAGUUUUAUUGAAAGAAAUUAUAUCGAUGAAGACACAAGCCCAGCAAGAUUAGACAGGUAAACACUUCUGCUGGUUUCAUAUAGUCAAUUUGACCUAUUAAUUUGUAAUUGUAUUUAUAGAUCUUUUCAAGUUAGUUAUAUUCAUUCAUAUAUUAGUCAUCCAGCUGCUUACUACUCUAUGCAUGCUAUUUUUUUCCGAAGAACUUGUAGAUUAUUAUUUGGAAAAUGAGAUUGGGUACUCGCAUAUCUUGUGUGAUCGACGCGAUUUUUCAGGUCAAUUAUUUUGUGCUGAAUUACACAUGUUUUUCAUUAUGGUUUUUUUCAUUAGAUAGGGCUACUGCAUUUACAGGUGACAAAGAUGACCAUUUCAUAUUAUUUGGAAUAUUAUUGAGGGAUUGAACUGUCAAAUUGUAAUCUGCACAAUAGAGAAUUAAGAACCUGGGGACAUAUUCAUUGGAAAUUUUCAAAUUCGGACAAUUGACUGCAAUCAAAAUCUAUAAUUCAAUUCAAAGUGGUGAGCUCGUGCUUUUCCUUGACUAUGGAUUGGGUAGUAAUUACUAUUACUAUAAUUUAUAUAAUUAUAAAGCUAAGCUGCUUUGCUCAUGUGUUGUAACUCAAUGGGAUGCUCAGCUCAGGCUUUGACUCAGUUUUUAUGUUUUUUAGCGUCAGGAUUGGUGGAUGCCAAUAAAUGUAAGCUGUUACAUUUUGGGAUUUGGAUUUGAUUUUCUAACUACGUGAUUCAUAUACACGCUUUACGU